AUGGACGUGGAAGGGAUGUCCGGCAAUGAUCAGGGUGGCGAGGUUCGAUACCGUGGAGUGCGGCGGCGUCCAUGGGGGAAGUUUGCUUCUGAGAUUCGUGACUCGUCGAGACACGGGGCUCGGGUUUGGCUUGGAACUUUCAACACGGCGGAGGAGGCAGCUCGGGCCUAUGACCGAGCUGCCUAUGCCAUGCGUGGUCAUUUGGCUGUCUUGAAUUUUCCUAAUGAAUAUCCAUCUCUCGGUGGCAGUUCUUCUUCCUCUUCUGGUCUAGCUCCGAGGCGCCAUGGCCCGAGUGAGCACCAAGUGAUUGAAUUUGAAUGUGUCGAUGAUAGGAUACUGGAAGAGCUUCUUGAGUAUGAGGAGAAAAGGAAGAAGAUGUGA